AUAUUGGAGCAUCUAAAAUGUGGAAACGCAUCCGAGGAAGCGUUGGCAGUCGUAGCGGAUUGCUACCACAAGUUUGAUUUGUUCAUGGGGCAUCGUCUCCGAGUUGUGAACCAACAGCGGGCACUUCAUGACAUCCUGCAAAAUAUGCGGCAACGUAGUAUCGAUGGUCUCGGCUCCGAUGAGAUCCUUUUGGUGAUAGAUUUCAAAAUGAAAGUCGAGCCCAUGUACUUUCGUGAAAAA